AUGUUAGACAGUGGUGUCUAUUCAGGUUAAGCAUCCUCUUAUUAGUGUUUUUGGUUGGCAUGCAUUAACGCACGUAAAGUAAAAGUUCCCUUCCCAAACGCUUGUAUUGACAGAGGUGUUCUGUUUCAUAGUAGCAUUUGUCACCUCCACAGGAUUCUGUCAUGUCCCGGUGCUUACUGGUGGCCGGUUGUGUUAUUUGUCUCCCCAGUUAGUUUUAUUAUGUCAGUGAGUGAAGAUCCUUCCAAAGAGAGCCCCGAACGGUCACAACAACAAAGCUUUAUUAAACGGAUCCUAGUAACAGGAGGAGCCGGGUUCAUCGCUUCUCAUGUGGUCAUUUCUCUUGUAAAGCGGUAUCCACACUACCUGAUUAUAAACCUAGACAAGCUGGAUUAUUGUGCAAGCCUGAAGAACCUAGAAACAGUUAUCGAGAGUCCAAACUAUCGAUUUGUUGAGGGUGACAUAUGUGAUGCCCAUUUUGUGAAACUUCUCUUUGAAGUUGAGAAGAUUGAUACUGUACUACAUUUUGCUGCUCAGACUCAUGUGGAUCACUCAUUUUGUUGUUCUGCUGAGUUUACAAAAGUGAAUGUUUAUGGCACGCAUGUGCUUGUGAAAGCUGCCUUUGAAGCUGGGGUAGAAAAGUUCAUUCAUGUCAGCACAGAUGAAGUGUAUGGAGAUGGUGCUGAAGAUUUCUUUUACAGGCUUUGCGAAGACCAUUCUCCUGGGGCACGUGAAUCCUUAUCCUUCCUCCUUCCCGGUAGGGAGUUUGAUGAAUCAUCACCCCCAAAACCAACCAAUCCCUAUGCACUCUCUAAGGCAGCAGCAGAGUGUGUUGUGUUAUCAUACUGGGAAAGUUAUGCGUUUCCUGUAAUAAUUACAAGAAGCAGCAAUGUGUAUGGACCACACCAGUUUCCAGAAAAGGUUAUUCCGAAAUUUAUAAGUUUAUUACAGCGUGAUCGAAAGUGUUGCAUUCAUGGUUCUGGACUUCAAGCAAGACAUUUCCUUUAUGCUGCAGAUGUGGUAGAGGCCUUCCUCAUAGUUUUGGAAAAAGGAGUAGCUGGAGAAAUCUACAACAUUGGAACAGAUGUUGAGAUGUCAGUAAUUCAGCUUGCAAAUGAAUUAAUUCAUUUGAUAAGAAAAACUACUUCACAGACUGAAACAGAGCAGUGGAUGGAUUUUAUUGUGGACAGACCCUACAAUGACUUGAUGUACCCAAUGAAAUCUCAGAAGAUCCAUAAUCUUGGAUGGAGACCUAAAGUGCCAUGGAAAGAGGGUAUAGAAAAGACAAUUGAGUGGUACAAGGAAAACUUUCAUAAUUGGCCAAAUGCAGAAAAGGCUCUGGAUCCAGUGCUGCCUAAUGGAACCUGCUGGACAGGUAGAUGUGGAACUUAAACCUUCUUUAUGAAGGUGAUAUCUGCGCUUCAGAGCCCCAACAGUGUUGAAGGGAGACCAUAAGACUUCAGUGCCAGUAAAAGAGAUGUGAACAAACAACAAUAAAUAUUGUACAAAGUGGAUGAAGUAUUUUGAAUGAAGAUUUCUACAUUUUUAUACUCCUUGGUCUUGAAAUUCUUUAUAUAAUUAAAAUUAUUUAAAUAUGGUAUUUGAUUUUAAUUAUGGCUGUUAAAUGAAUGAUGUAAACAAAACUAGCAGAUUGGUCAGAGAAAGUCGCUAUACGAUCCAGUCAUGACACAUAUUUUGAAAAUGAUCGAUAAGAAUCUGCGUACUGUAAGCUAGUCUGUUUGGUCUACUGCAAAAGUUAAUUUCAUAGUACUGGACAGACAUAUGGAUUGAAUAUGAACACCGUGAUGCAUGUGUUGUACGUGCCUUUUAUGUUUAUUGAAUUUUGUCUGUUUAUAAAUGAUGUGCCACAUAAGUGAUUUUGUUUACUUUUUUGUUAUUGCAAAAAAGUUUUCCUUUUGUUAUUGCCUAUCGCCAUGCUUAUUAAUAUGCAAUGAAUACUGUGUGAAGGACCAUUUACAUUUUGCUGUAUUACAUUAACAUGUUUGUGAAGCUAAUAUAGAACACAGUCAAUAUAGAAAUGCAAGAUGAUUUUUUUAGUAUCUCAUUCUGAUCAUACCAUAAUAUAGGUCUUAUUGCUACAACAAACCUAAAGGUUUUGCAAAAAAUCAUUCACAUGAUAAGACAUGAUAGAUAUGGAGAAGUCAAGCUGUAGUACAGACAUUAUGCAUGAAAAACCUUUGGGAAAAGGGAGUAAGCUGUGUAGUCCUGUUAUCUGGCUAAUUAACUGCCAUGCAGAAAACCACCUACCUUUAUCAUAUUUUUCCAUUUGUCUUCUUUCUAAAAAACCUCCAUUAUAUUUUAUAACAUCAUACUUUAUAACAGACUGUCACAAGGCAGUACAUUCCACAUGCUUAUAGCUGUUGUGAAACAUUAACAUUUCCAGUCAAGUUUGAAUUUUCCUUCAUUUUCCAUUUUAAUACCAUGUAUGUUACACUUGUGCUGUCUCCUCAGCAGCCCUCAUUUAGUAUUAUUUAUUUUCCAUACUUUAAAAGUAUAGACCCAUCCCAUUAGUCCUCAUUGUUUCAAAGUAGAUAUAAUUCUGGUCUGUCUUCUGUUUUUAUUAAACUGAAUAUAUGAUUAAGUAUUUUGUCAUUUUGAGUGGUCUUCAUACCCAUCUGAGCUGUAACCUUCAGAACUAUGCACCAUUAUCCUGCUAAAGCCUAAUCGCUAAUUUACUAAGGAGAAAUAUGCAGUGCCUUGACUCUGUAGUUGUACCUAUUGGUAUGCAUCCAGGCAUCUUGCUGAGUUGGAUGACUGCUUUAUGUGUAUUAAAUGGAAUUCAUUUUCUAUA